AUGUCAGGCGUUGGAACCGAGAGCAAUGACCCCAUGCCAAGCCCUCCAGAGGAGCAGCAGGCCACAACUGGCACCAAAGAGGAGCAGCAGCGAGACAAGGAUGGAGAGGAUCUGCAUCAGAGAAAAGAGGAUAGUAAAGGGGAGGGUGAAAGGAGUGAUUGUGUCAGUGGACAGAAUUGGGAACCCAAGACAGAUUAUCAGAAUCCAACUGUCUCUCAAGUCCACACAGCCACUAAAAUGACACUAUUACCAAAGCAGAAGUCCCCUCAUGUAAAAACGAAUGCACUGGUAAAUGCAACUAGCCUUUUAUCAUACACAUUUUAUUCAACUGUAUAUCUAAGAAACAAAGUACAAUAUCUGAAAAAUGUAAUGUGUUUGGUGACAGACACUGGAGUGGGCCUUUGGGAUGAACAGGGCUCUUCCGGUCUUCAACCUUCAGGACCAGGAUCAGCUGGUGAUCCUGUAUGGUGGCACCAAUGUAGCCGUCAUGUACGACCAAACCUCAAAUUCACAACAUGUCCUUCAGGUAAGGCCCAGCAGUUGCCUCAAUGCACUCAACAAGGUCAGAAGUUGACAAAAGCCUGUGGCUAUAGGGAGUGAGUGCUAUGUCUAUGCUGUUAGGAAUGCCAGUGUUUGAUGGCAAAGGUAAAGCCAAAAAUAACUGUUCAAGGCAAACAGUACUGACAUAAACUUGAAGGUCACCUUCCACAGGGUCACAGCAGCCCCAUUUCAUGUUUGUGUGUGAGUGAGGACAGGCGCUGGCUGGUGACAGCAGACCGAGGACAGGAAAGUCUGGUGAUCAUUUGGGACUCCUUUUCAGGGUAAAACUAUAUUCUAACAGUACGUUCAUAUUUUUGAUGUAUCUGUUUCAAUUUGUAAUUCUGAAACAGUGGUUGUUUGGCUUAUGUUUCAGGAUUCCUGUGCGGACAUUAUUUGACAGUCACCCUGAGGGCGGUGUUGCAGCUUUGGCACUGUCAAAGGACUCCAAAUACCUGGUAACAGUUGGAGCUGGAAAUAUUCAGGUAAGCUCAGGGUUGGGGAAGCUACAAUGAAAAUAUAGUUUACCAAACUACCAAUUACUUCACACUGGAAGAAGUUAAGCUAACCUAAAGAAAAAUAUAUAAUAACUUUUUAAAAGUCGUUCACUACAUCCGUUUGGCAGCAAGCACUUCGUGAAAAAUUAUCAUAUCUAAAAUGUCAGACCUUUAGAAUGGCAUGGCUGCCAAAGUUUUACUAUUUAUUUUCAGUAAUACCGAUUACCCCACCGAAGACAUUCUUUAAAAAAGGUAUACAUUUACAUUAUUUAGCAGACGCUCUUAUCCAGUGGUCCUCUGUAGCUCAGCUGGUAGAGCACGGCGCUUGUAAUGCCAGGGUAGUGGGGUCGAUCCCCGAGACCACCCAUACACAAAAAAAAAAAAAUUAUGCACGCAUGACUAAGUCGCUUUGGAUAAAAGCGUCUGCUAAAUGGCAUAUUGCUCAUCCGCAGAAUCUUUUUACGUGUCUAUUUUCAAAGGAUAAAGCUAAGAAUAUUAACUUCAUAGUUAAGAACACUAUAACGAUAUGGGAAAAAAUUUAACAUUUUACAAGAACCAGUAUCACGUGGUCCUCUGUAGCUCAGCUGGUAGAGCACGGCGCUUGUAACACCAAGGUAGUGGGUUCGAUCCCCGGGACCACCCAUACACAAAAAUGUAUGCACGCGUGACUGUAAGUCGCUUUGGAUAAAAGCGUCUGCUAAAUGGCAUAUUAUAUUAUUAUAUUACUCCCUAGAUGCACAACCUGAUGGAACAAUCCUUGGAUAGAUUUUCAGAAUUAAUCGAUAAAUUGGCCCACAUGGAAAACUAAAGUUAUAGAAACUGUAAAUGACUUGGUAACAGGAAAUAAUUGUAUUUCCAUGACAGAAUAAAAAGAAAAAUUUGGACUGACCAAUGUAGAUACUAUCAAAUACACACAACUUAAAAGUUACAUAUCACGAAAUGUUGAUUAGAAAUAUAUUUCCCCUUGAGGGAAUCUUAUUUGAGUCAGAAAAGGAUGUUAAAAUGAUAGGGAAGAUAUACAAAACCUUGCAGAGAGCAUAUCUGUGAUGAGUACUGAGGAUACGAAGAAAUCAACAAUGUAAAGGUUUACUUAACACUGCGCAAGAGAACAACAAAGCGUGCGUACAUGACAAGACACUAACAAUCACACACAACACUGAAUAGUCCAGGGCUAUAUAGGGGUGGUGAUGAGAUGAUGAGGUGCAGGUGCGCUGGAGGUGAUUAGGGUGCGUUGGGUUUCCAUUGCGGUGUUGCCAAGGUGGUGCGCUCAGACCGGUGGCUCAGUAGUCCGGCGAAUCAGAGCACCAGUGGGGAGCAACCGGAGGAGACGUGACAAUAUCCAACUGACAAUCUCCUAGAAAAAAAUAUAAACUAUUGGAACCAAGAUUUAAAAAGAACUGAUGUUGGCACAAGAUGGAGGGAAAGUUGGAGCAUAACUAACAAAAUUACAGUUAACGAAAAUAUAUGCUUAAUCCAGUAUAAACUAAUGUAUAGAAUGUAUUUAUAAGAGACAAAAUUCACAAAUUCUAAAGCACAACGGCAGAGUCAUGUCUCAAGUGUAAAACUAAUGACUCAAUAAUCCCAUGUUUUCUGGGAAUGCUAUACAGUCCAGAAGUUGUAGGCGGAGCUAGAAAGUGGGCUGUCAGAAGUAUUACAAAGUAAACUUACUUUUAAUCCAUCUGUCUGCAUAUUUCAAGACAUUGCAUAUGGGGGGUGUAGUUAGAUAGAAUAAUGUGUAAUUCAGCUGAACCAGCCGAGCUGCUCUUUUUUAUAAGGCCCAUGUUAAAGUUGAGGGGAAACAUAAAUUGUGAAACCUACCAGUGCUUUUUUGAAUGUUCAGAUGAGUGUGUGUCCCAAUUUAUAAUGUUUAGGUGUAUGUUGUUAACUGAACUUAAAUAGACAUACAGUGGACAGGACUUUCUGAUCUGUUCACAGCGAGUUUGUAUAUGGGACUGGACAAAUGAGACAGAGGAUCCAUUGUGUGUAACUGAGCUCAACCCGGAGUAUGGUUUUCAGGUAAGCUUUUAUGGUCUCACUAUAUUUAAGAUAGUGUAUAUACAGUUGAAGUCGGAAGUUUACAUACACCUUAGCCAAAUACAUUUAAAAUCAGCUUUUCACAAUUCCUGGCAUUUAAUCCUAGUAAAAAUUCCCUGUCUUAGGUCAGUUAGGAUCACCACUUUAUUUUAAGAAUGUGAAAUGUCAGAAUAAUAGUAGAGAGACUGAUUUAUUUCAGCUUUUAUUUCUUUCAUCACAUUCCCAGUGGGUCAGAAGUUUACAUACACUCAAUUAGUAUUUGGUAGCAUUGCCUUUAAAUUGUUUAACUUGGGUCAAACGUUUUGGGUAGCCUUCCACAAGCUUUCCACAGUAAGUUGGGUGAAUGUUGACCCAUUCCUCCUGACAGAGCUGGUGUAACUGAGUCAGGUUUGUAGGCCUCCUUGCUCGCACACACUUUUUCAGUUCUGCCCACAAAUUUUCUAUAGGAUUGAGGUCAGGGCUUUGUGAUGGCCACUCCAAUACCUUGACUUUGUUGUCCUUAAGCCAUUUUGCCACAACUUUGGAAGUAUGUUUGGGGUCAUUGUCCAUUUGGAAGACCCAUUUGCGACCAAGCUUUAACUUCCUGACUGAUGUCUUGAGAUGUUGCUUCAAUAUAUCCACAUAAUGUUCCUUCCUCAUGAUGCCAUCUAUUUUGUGAAGUGCACCAGUCCCUCCUGCAGCAAAGCACCCCCACAGCAUGAUGCUGCCACCCCCGUGCUUCACGGUUGGGAUGGUGUUCUUCGGCUUGCAAGCGACCCCCUUUAUCCUCCAAACAUAACGAUGGUCAUUAUGGCCAAACAGUUCUACUUUUUUUUCAUCAGACCAGAGGACAUUUCUCCAAAAUGUACGAUCUUUGUCCCCAUGUGCAGUUGCAAAUCGUAGUCUGGCUUUUUUAUGGCGGUUUUGGAGCAUUGGCUUCUUCCUUGCUGAGCGGCCUUUCAGGUUAUGUCAAUAUAGGACUCGUUUUACUGUGGAUAUAGAUACUUUUGUACCUGUUUCCUCCAGCAUCUUCACAAGGUCCUUUGCUGUUGUUCUGGGAUUUAUUUGCACUUUUCGCACCAAAGUACGUUCAUCUCUAGCAGUAUGACGACUGCGUAGUCCCAUGGUGUUUAUACUUGCGUACUAUUUACAUUUUAGUCAUUUAGCAGACGCUCUUAUCCAGAGCGACUUACAGUUAGUGAGUGCAUACAAUUUUUCAUACUGGCCCCCCGUGGGAAUCGAACCCCCAACCCUGGCGUUGCAAACGCCAUGCUCUACCAACUGAGCUACAUCCCUGCCGGCCAUUCCCUUCCCUACCCUGGACGACGCUGGGCCAAUUCUGCGCCGCCCCAUGGGUCUCCCGGUCGCAGCCGGCUACGACAGAGCCUGGAUUCGAACCAGGAUCUCUAGUGGCACAGCUAGUGUCUUAGACCACUGCGCCACUCGGGAGACUUACUGUUUGUACAGAUUAACGUGGUACCUUCAGGUGUUUGGAAAUUGCUCCCAAGGAUGAACCAGACUUGUGGAGGUCUACAAUUUUUUUCUGAGGUCUUGGCUGAUUUCUUUUGAUUUUCCCAUGAUGUCAAGCUUGGAAUUUUCCAAGCUGUUUAAAGGCACAGUCAACUUAGUGUAUGUAAACUUCUGACCCACUGGAAUUGUGAUACAGUGAAUUAUAAGUGAAAUAAUCUGUCUGUAAACAAUUGUUGGAAAAAUGACUUGUGUCAUGCACAAAGUACAUGUCCUAACCAACUUGCCAAAACAAUAGUUUGUUAACAAGAAAUUUGUGGAGUGGUUGAAAAACAAGUUUUAAUGACUCCAACCUAAGUGUAUGUAAACUUCUGACUUCAACUGUAAUUGAAUACAUUCAUAUGAUAAUAUCUGCAAUAAUGUAUGACUUUACAACAUGUUCUGAUUUCAAUUCCUUUUCAGAAACACAUCCUUUUUAAUCCCAAUGACAUCACUCAGCUGCUCAGCAACAGUGAGAGCCAAGUCUUAUUUUACACCAGGGCAAGUACCACAGUUUUGUUGUACUCGUGGUUUAACACUGCUACAGUUAGUAACUAGCGUUACAGUAUAUGAUUGUCAGUUAUUUCUUUCAGGACAAGCAACACCUUGAUUAUAUUGCCCCAGACCUCUUGGACAAGGUAAGGACGCUAGCUGUUUAGUUGUUUAUAGAACCUGUAAUCAUGUCAUUGUACUAAUCUCCACAUUCACUCUCUGGUGGUUUUACCAUCUUUCAAAAGACUUUCAACAAGGUUGUGGGCAUGCUGAGCCAGUCUGUGUUCCACUGGAGGGGGCUUCAGGCCCUCUCGGCCACCUCUGCAGGCAACUUGGUGCUGUGGGACAUGGUUAGGGCCUCCUCUAACUCAAGACCUCUCAUUAGGAGAGCCAUCAAGCUCAUCCCCCUCCAGAAGGACGGCAUCACCGUGCUCACUCUGACUGACAGGUGAACAUGCAACAUUCAACGUUUCAAACUACGCUGAAACAGGAGCUUUAUCCUUCUGCUUGGAGUUCAACUCCCUUACCACUAUUGAAGUAUUGUUCUUUGUAUUGCAGCCUGAUAUGUGUAGCUGUUGUUCUCUAACUGUUGCUCUCCUUGUAUAUCCCCAUGGUCUUUAAUUAUUUAGCUUCAUUGUGACUGGUGACACUCUGGGCCAUGUGAAAUUCUAUGAUGAGAACUUCAAGCUCAUCAGCUGGUACAGUGAAUUCAACCUGGAUCCAAUCACAUCAAUCUCCUUUUCCAAGGAAGUUCCACCUAACAGCAGCCAGGGUUUUCUGGAGGACUGCACUCUGGAAGCCAAGAUGUUUGUUAUCCGGUGAGAAUCAGUGUGAUGCCAGUUUGUGCCCCAGUGUAUGUGAAACGUAUCUGCUUUGUCCUCCAUCCCCCUCUAAACCCCCCUCUCAUCUGUAGGAACUUUGUCCUGUCUACAGUCAGCUCGACGGUGGUACAUGUGAAUACACAGGGUGGUGUGCCGCAGACAUUGCUGCGCGAGCAUUGCGAGGCACUGCAUGCUGUGGCCUGUCACCCCCAGCAACCAGUUGUUGCCAUGGGUAGCCACAGCGGCAUCCUGAAGGUGUGGGACUAUGAGCGCAAGGUGUCCAUCUGUAGCAGGGUCUUUGAGAAGGAGAGGCAUAUUCAGUGCAUCGCCUAUGACCCCCAAGGUGACCCAGCAGAGGCUUUUUUUUGUCUUGUUUAAUUUCCUUUACAGUAAAACUAUAUUCAUAUGUAGAAAGAUCUCAAAUUUUCUGAAAUUCGAUUUGUGGUGUAGGGAUAACUUCCCUUAGAACAUAUUAUCUGUCUGUGUGUGAGUUGGCUUAGCUUUGACCAGGCUAUCCUGUGUGUGUGAACAGUGGCAUAAAGUACUUAAGUUAAAAUACUACUUCAGUAUUUUGGGGGGGUAUCUGUACUUUAUUUUACUAUUUAUGUUUUUGACAACUUUUACAUUUACUCCACUACAUUCCUAAAGAAAAUAAUGUACUUCUUACUCCAUACAUUUUCCCUGACACCCAAAAGUACUAGUUACAUUUCGAAGGCUUAGCAGAACAGAACCUUUUUCCAACUCACACACUUAUCAAGAGAACAUCCCUGGUCAUCCCUACUGCCUCUGAUCUGCCAGAUUCACUAGAUUCACUAAACACAAAUGCUUCGUUUGUAAAUUAUGUCUGAGUGUUGGAGUGUGCCCCUGGCUAUCCGUUAAAUAAUAAAGCAAGAAAAUCAUGCGGUCUGGUUUGCUUAAUAUAAGGAAUGUGAAAUUUACAUUUUAGUCAUUUAGCAGACACUCUUAUCCAGAGCGACUUACAGUUAGUGAGUGCAUACAUAUUUUAUUUUAUUUUUCAUACUGGCCCCCCCGUGGGAAUCGAACCCACAACCCUGGCGUUGCAAACGCCAUGCUCUACCAACUGAGCUACAUCCCUGCCGGCCAUUCCCUCCCCUACCCUGGACGACGCUGAGCCAAUUGUGCGCCGCCCCAUGGGUCUCCCGGUCGUGGGACCAGGAUCUCUAGUGGCACAGCUAGCACUGCGUGCUUAUACUUUUACAUUUACUUUUGAUACUUAAGUAUAUUUAAAACCAAAUACCUUUAGACUUAAGUAGUAUUUUACUGGGUGACUUUCACUUUUACUUGAGUCAUUUUCUAUUAAGGUAUCUUUACUUUUACUCUAGUAUGACAAUUGGGUACUUUUUCCACCACUGUGUGUGAACAGGAUUUUAUUUGGCGGUUGGCUUUGCCAGUGGAUCUGUCCAUGUACUGGAUGCUUGUACAUUGCUGAGUGAGGCAGAGGAGCGCUUCAACUACAGCCAAGACUGCAUUACUCACAUGACCUUCUCUCCAGACUCCCUCUACCUGGCCACAGCGGUGAGCAGACACACUAUGUGGUUCUGGCAUUGGGAUUGUGUGUUUUGUCCUAUAUUUUUAUUUUUAAUCCCAGCCCCCGUCCCUGCAGGAGGCCUUUUGCCUUUUGGUAGGCCGUCAUUGUAAAUAAGAAUUUGUUCUUAACUGACUUGCCUAGUUAAAUAAAGGUGAAAUAAAUAAAUAAACAGUAACAGGUUUGAGCCCUCUAAUCAUGGCUACCCAGACUAUUUGCACUGCCCCCCCACCCAAUCUUUUUACGCUGCUGCUACUCUGUUAAUUAUUUAUGCAUAGUCACUUUAACUCUACCCACAUGUACAUAUUACUUCAACUACCUCAACUAGCCGGUGCCGCCGCACAUUGACUCUGCACCGGUACCCCCCUGUAUAUAUAUAAUAACCCUACUGUUAUUUUAUUUCUGCUCUUUUUUUCUCAACACUUUUUGGUUGUUUUAUUCUACUUUUUUAUUAAAAAUAAAUGCACUGUUGGUUAAGGGCUGUAAGUACAGUGGGGGACAAAAGUAUUUAGUCAGCCACCAAUUGUGCAAGUUCUCCCACUUAAAAAGAUGAGAGAGGCCUGUAAUUUUCAUCAUAGGUACACGUCAACUAUGACAGACAAAAUGUGAGAAAAAAAAUCCAGAAAAUCACAUUGUAGGAUUUUUAAUGAAUUUAUUUGCAAAUUAUGGUGGAAAAUAAGUAUUUGGUCAAUAACAAAAGUUUCUCAAUACUUUGUUAUAUACCCUUUGUUGGCAAUGACACAGGUCAAACGUUUUCUGUAAGUCUUCACAAGGUUUACACACACUGUUGCUGGUAUUUUGGCCCAUUCCUCCAUGCAGAGCUCCUCUAGAGCAGUGAUGUUUUGGGGCUGUCGCUGGGCAACACGGACUUUCAACUCCCUCCAAAUAUUUUCUAUGGGGUUGAGAUCUGGAGACUGGCUAGGCCACUCCAGGACCUUGAAAUGCUUCUUACGAAGCCACUCCUUCAUUGCCCGGGCGGUGUGUUUGGGAUCAUUGUCAUGCUGAAAGACCCAGCCACAUUUCAUCUUCAAUGCCCUUGCUGAUGGAAGGAGGUUUUCACUCAAAAUAUCACGAUACAUGGCCCCAUUCAUUCUUUCCUUUACACGGAUCAGUCGUCCUGGUCCCUUUGCAGAAAAACAGCCCCAAAGCAUGAUGUUUCCACCCCCAUGCUUCACAGUAGGUAUGGUGUUCUUUGGAUGCAACUCAGCAUUCUUUGUCCUCCAAACACGACGAGUUGAGUUUUUACCAAAAAGUUAUAUUUUGGUUUCAUGUGACCAUAUGACAUUCUCCCAAUCCUCUUCUGGAUCAUCCAAAUGCACUCUAGCAAACUUCAGACGGGCCUGGACAUGUACUGGCUUAAGCAGGGGGACACGUCUGGCACUGCAGGAUUUGAGUCCCUGGCGGCGUAGUGUGUUACUGAUGGUAAGCUUUGUUACUUUGGUCCCAGCUCUCUGCAGGUCAUUCACUAGGUCCCCCCGUGUGGUUCUGGGAUUUUUGUUCACCGUUCUUGUGAUCAUUUUGACCCCACGGGGUGAGAUCUUGCGUGGAGCCCCAGAUCGAGGGAGAUUAUCAGUGGUCUUGUAUGUCUUCCAUUUCCUAAUAAUUGCUCCCAUAGUUGAUUUCUUCAAACCAAGCUGCUUACCUAUUGCAGAUUCAGUCUUCCCAGCCUGGUGCAGGUCUACAAUUUUGUUUCUGGUGUCCUUUGACAGCUCUUUGGUCUUGGCCAUAGUGGAGUUUGGAGUGUGACUGUUUGAGGUUGUGGACAGGUGUCUUUUAUACUGAUAACAAGUUCAAACAGGUGCCAUUAAUACAGGUAACGAGUGGAGGACAGAGGAGCCUCUUAAAGAAGAAGUUACAGGUCUGUGAGAGCCAGAAAUCUUGCUUGUUUGUUAUUGACCAAAUACUUAUUUUCCACCAUAAUUUGCAAAUAAAUUCAUUAAAAAUCCUACAAUGUGAUUUUCUGGAGAAAGAAAAUCUCAAUUUGUCUGUCAUAGUUGACGUGUACAUAUGAUGAAAAUUACAGGCCUCUCUCAUCUUUUUAAGUGGGAGAACCUGCACAAUUGGUGGCUGACUAAAUACUUUUUUCCCCCACUGUAAGCAUUUCACUGUAAUGUCUGCACCUGUUGUAUUCGGCGCAUGUGGCCAAUAAAAUGUUAUUUGAUUUGAUUUGAUCUACCUUGAAGCCUUAAAAUCAAACUAAAGCUAAGAAGUUGCAUUUUCCCCUCCUGUUUUGUUGCUACUGUCAGGAUGCUGGAAGAGCGGUGAUGGUGUUCUGCUUGUACACCGGUAAGAGCAUGCAGCGCUGGAAAUACCUGGGGAGGCACCACUCCCACUAUAAGCCCAUCAGGGACCUCCUAUUUGGGGUGUACCUGGACAGCACCCAAACCAGACUACUCUCCCUGGGCAUGGACCGCAGGCUGGUGAGUCCCAAUCCCUCACAAUUAUUAUAGGUGGACUCUGGUUUACUUGCAUGCCAUGUUUCUUCACAUGCUGAACCACUAGACAUGCUGACUCACUUUGGAUGACUUUGCCUUGGUGUGUGGUGGUGAUUGCCCAGGUGGAGUAUGACCUGCAGAACAGCAAUGAGGAUGAGCUGCUGAUCCUGAGCUCUGAGCGCAUUGAGCAGAGCGCUGUGCCCACCUGUAUGGCAUGGUACCCACCCCUCACCACAGAGGACUUCCUGCUCACCGCGUCGGAUCUUUACAAAAUGAAGCUUUUCAACAGCACCACUAAGAUGUGCAGGUCAGCAGCCAAAUAACAGAGUCUGUAAAAGCAUGAUUAGUACUCUUAUUUUUGGCCAUCUCUGUGUCAUUGGGGUGUAGUAUGAAGGCCACAAAUGAAUACUUCUGGUUUCUCUUGCAGAAAGACACUCCUUGGCCCCACAUACGGGUCUCCAGUUGAAAAGAUGGCCAUACUUCCAUUUUAUAAGGACCAUGGCCCUAGCGCUCAUUACAUGGUAUACAUCACAAAAGACAAGGUAAGUGUUGAUUCACUCCCAAUCAUAUCAAACCACCUUCUUGUCAGUCAGACCAAAUAUGUAUGAAAGUUUUCAUUUAAGGGGCCAGACUUAUGUGUAUUUGUUGCCUAAUGAAGAGAUACUGGUUUCAGUGUAACUUGUCAUUGUUAUUUUUCAAGGUGGGUGUCCAGAUUCUGCCUGUUGAUGGGAACCCCCACAAGUCCUCUGCUCUGAUCUGCCACCCAACAGGGGUGUCUGCUAUGGCCUGCUCCUAUGACGGUCGAUAUGUCUUCACUGCUGGAGGGUCUGACUGCACAGUCCUCUCAUGGGAGAUUAGUUUAAAGUGAGUAGACCCUUCACUGAAUAGACCCUUGAGUUGUCCUGGUGAACUGAAUCGUUCUCGCUUGUUGUGUGUUUAGUGCAUUAGAGGCUGCUGCAUCCCUGGGUGGAAAAGAGCUGAUCCCCUUCUACAGCCUCCUGGAGGGAGGGAGAGACGGGAAACUCGUUAGAGUAGGUUAAACGGAUAUAUUUACCAUGUAACCAUCAAUAUUCAGAACUGUAUAGUUGGUACAUAUGUUCUUAUGGCUGUACAAUACUUUUGUGUUUGUUCUGACACUUUCAUUUUUCUCUUUAGGAAAUGGAGGACUAUUUCUAUUACUGUCAGCUGCGUAGCCAAGGCAUUGACUCCAUGGAGAUGCGACAAGUGUCCACCCGAAUCCCCCUAGCAGAGGUCCCCUUUGUCAUGAGGGCUCUGGGCUUCUUCCCCACUGAGCAAGAGGUACAACGUCCUCAAUGAGGACUAAUGCGAUGACUAGGCUAAUUUGGAAACGAUUUAUCAAUCUAUGACUUUGAUCAUUUUCUGUUUUCUUUCCUGUUUGUCAAUGAUAAUAACAUAUUCAGCUAUAACAAUGAGUUAAGUUCAGUAAAGAAAGAAUAAUGUUUGUUGAUCAUGACUCUAUCCAGCUGGAGGACAUGCAGAACGAAGUCAAGUUCAGCAGGUAUGCUGAGUCUGGGAGAUAUGUGACCGACAUAGACCUGGAGGAGUUCAUUAAGCUCUACGUCAACCACCGGCCAGCGUUUGGCAUCUCUAGCAAGGAGCUACUUCACACCUUCCAGGUCCUGGGUGACCCCUAUGUGAUGGGAGAGCCUGUGGUGAACAAGGACGAGCUGCUGGAACUCCUCAAGGAUAGAGGUGUGCUAGGCUAGCUGCUUAGUCCCCACACGUCUGUUUGCUGUGUCUGUAUAAUUCUAUGCAGGGUAGUGUCAGUAUGUACUUAUGUUCCCUUGUUCUGAGGCAGUGAUGGGAUUUCAUUCUAAUAAUACGUCACCCCUCUUUUUGCCUCAGGGGAACACAUGACUGAAAAUGAGCUGGCAGAAUGUUUCACCACACUGUUAGGACUGAAUCCAGAAGGGGGGAGUCCUGAGCUGGGAGCUUUUGAAUGUGAUGGUAUGUAUCACCAUAUUCAGUUUAGAGUAGUGUCUGAAAAUGUCAUAAUGAGACUGAAACUACACGGUUUUGAUAGUCGACCAUUAAAAGUGUGUGUGUGUGUGUGUGUGUGUGUGUGUGUGUGUGUGUGUGUGUGUGUGUGUGUGUGUGUGUGUGUGUGUGUGUGUGUGUGUGUGUGUGUGUGUGUGUGUGUGUGUGUGUGACAGAUGCAGAAGACUUGUUGGAGAGUGAGAUCCCAGAGGAGAUUUCCAUGGAAACAUUUGCAAGUGAUAUCCUGGGAUUCCCCAUUUAUAUUAAAGAGAUUCUUCACUCCUCCCAUGAGGGAAUGUUGUCCCCCUCAGGAUCAGAAGUUGUAUAG